GUAUGUGUGGGAGGGUGCAUGUAUGUGUGAGGGGACUUGCAUGUGUGUGUGUUUGUGGGUGUGUCCAUGUCCUUAUAAGGUAUUUUUCUGAGACCUUUAUUCUGAUGACGCAUUUCCUGUGGAAAGAUUACGUAACCAUACAAUUGACGUCACCACGCUGUCCGCCAUUGCUAAAGAACUCUGCUAGUCCUUAUUCUGUAGAUUUCUCACUUCCCAGCGGAACGACACUUGAAAUCGGAAGUAAGGAUACAACAAUUCCUAACAAGUCCUCGGGACGAAACAAUGUUUGCAUACCAGGAAGCGCAAGUCGUAUACCGACAUCUGUGUUCAGCCCGUGCAUACAGAGCUGUCUACUUUCCCCCGCAGUUGCAGGAGCACAAACUAGGAACCUCCGUCUGCAUGGUUUGUAUCCUAAACUAUAUUGCUGCAUCACUCCGAUAUCACAUUUAGUAAGCUUGGCUCUAUUUUCUGACACCCUCUUCCCCCAAAGAUAAAAACACAACCCCACAACUAGAAAUCAUUUAGUAAAAACUCUUGAAGCAUUAGUCGAUGAAUAAUCUAAUAGUCGUGCUUGUGCUAGCAUAUUUCUAACUUGCUCUGAUAUUCAGUCUGAAAAACACUUGCUCAAAUAUUCAACACGUUAGAUAACGCUUGAAAUAACGGCAGUUGCUGUUUUUUAGCCGCAACUGGUGAAACUCAAUCCCUUUUAUUUUUAUUCAUCAACCUAUGAACAUGUUAUGCUCAAGCUGCACACUUGUCUAUACAAAGAUUGGUCAGGUCUAAGGAACAUUGGGUAUAUUAAACCGCACUCUGUAACAAUCGCUUACUGACCAUCUCAGCGUGUCCAGAGAAUACCAAAGAGCGGAGAUUUACUGAUUUCUAAUGAAAGCUGGAAAUAGUAGCUUAUAAGUCAUUGGAACAAACAUUUUGUGACAUUUUGUGUACUAUACUGAAGCGCUCUGACAUUUUGUUCUUGCUGCCGGUGAGUUCCAUGACCUUUCCUAGGAAGAAAAGAGAGCCAUCCUGGCAGAGGGAAGAGGACCUCUGACCAGUGUCCCCACGUCAGACUUUGAUGGCAGCCAUAGUCGUCUUGUCGUGGAUCGCUGCAGUGGUUGCCGUCUUUGGAAAUUUCCUUGUGAUCAUCUCCUACUGGCGGGACCGCAGAGUACGAAAACAUUACAUCUACAUAGUACACUUGGCUGCUUGUGACUUCACGAUGGGACUAGUAAUAAUGCCUUUGCAUACCUAUUACAACCAAUGGAUUUUCAACACCACAGUUUGUAAGAUCUUCUAUUUGGUGGAGAACUUUUUGGAGGACAUGUCCACCUUCCUGGUGAUACUGUUAUGUAUGGACCGCAUGGAGCUGCUGGAAGAAGGCACGUACUACAGCACCCAACGAGAGACGUCUCAGCGAGCAAAAUCCAAGAUCUUUAAUUGCGCGUGCGCUUCCUUACUCCUGAACGGCCCUUGGCUGUUACUGUCACAAGGCAAUAACAACGUCUGUGACAUAGCCUUUGUGUUCAGCCUUCCCAUAGAGAUCACUUUAUUCAUCCUUGACUUCCUUGUGCCUUUCUUUUUUAUCACUUUCAUCAACACUCGCAUCUACUUGGCCAUUCGGAAGCAGCAGAUGGCCGUCAGGUCGUCGAUCAGCCCGACCACUUACAAACGAAAACUGUCGACGACGACAGUGCCCAUAUACGUGAAGAAAUCAAGAUCGGGAAGUAAAGGGUUGGUCGUCUCACUCCCAAGCCACCUAGAGGCUCCGACCACCAAAAUCUUCCCCACCACGCUUUCCUCCCUAUCAAAGAGGCAUGGAGAAAGCGCAUCUUCCUCGAACACCGAAAGACCUUCAUCGACGACGACUGCACUGGAGUCCAAAACUAAGCCCGGUACUCGCGAUCAAACUACGCAAACGUGUCAAGGUCAAGAGAAUGUCUCGCUUGCGCCUCAAACCUCAAUGUGUGAGUUUACUGAAUCCAUGCCGACCGACAGUGGGCGGCCAGUUUUGGUCCAGUGGUCACCUCUCUCGAGCGAUACUUCAGAAAGCGAAAAGGCUACGGGAGCGAACAAGGUGAGUAUGCCUUCGCUUGGGAAGAUAAUGCGGACCAGGAGUGCUUCACAAGGCUCCUUGCGCACUUUCCAUCGGCAGUCCCUCUUGCCGUACUUUCGGUUCCGAGAGAAGAGCCAGCAGGAUAAACAGGAGCCUCGCCCCACGUUGGUUUUGAAGAAGAAUCAUGCGGCUAAAGUCUUGAUCGCGAUACAGCUGGCAAUGGUGGUCUUCUGGGUGCCACACCGCCUGACCAAGCUCGUCAAAGCGGCGUGCGACGAAUGCGUGAUGGACACUACGUUUCGCCUCAUAGAGUUGGUCUCCUGGAUGAGGCCUUGCGUUAACCCUGUGCUGUAUGCCGCCCACUCUCCCGCCUUCAAGAAAAACUUUGCACAGAUCCUCGAACCUUGUUUGUACUGCCUUGGCAUUCGGUUCUGCUUUAAAAAAUAGAAGUGAAGGUCGGGCAUAUACUGCUUCAGGACCCAU